GCAAGAUAUUCUUGUGCCAUUUUCUUUGAAAAUGGCGUCCAUGGAUGAGUUACAUAUACCUUUGCCUUUUCAGAGCAUUAGGACAGCUUAAUUCCAACUGGUUUCCCCAUCUUUCCUUCUCUGCAGCCUAAGAGCGUGAAAAUGCAAGGAAUAAUCGUGAGAGCAGUGCGAUCUUGCCAGGAAACACUCAAGGCUGCAACUUUGCAACACUUGCAUGGGGGAGAAGCAAGUAAAGCUGUAAAGAUAUUUCCACUUUUCGGACGCGUCAGCUCCUCAAGAUCUCCACUCGUGCAGCUCAAAGGGUUGGAGAAUGUUUCAGUGGCGGAGGUGCUUAUGACAAAGGGAGGAGAAAAAACUGGUUCCUGGCUCUGGUGUCGCACUGAUGAUGCCGUCAUUGAUGCAGUAAAAAAUAUGGCUGAAAAUAAUAUUGGGUCAUUAGUGGUACUAAAGCCAGGAGAUGAACAUCUUGCUGGAAUCAUCACCGAGAGAGACUACACGAGGAAAAUAAUCGCAGAGGGAAGAUCACCCAUAUACACAAGAGUCGGAGAAAUUAUGACUGAUAAGGACAAACUAAUAACGGUAACAUCUGAUACCAACAUUCUUCAAGCAAUGCAGCUUAUGACAGAAAAUCGAAUACGGCAUGUUCCAGUCAUAGAUGGGAGGAUAGUUGGCAUGAUCUCCAUUGUAGACGUUGUAAGAGCAGUAGUGGAGCAGCAAAGUGGAGAGCUGAAGCAACUGAGCGAGUUCAUUAGAGGAGACUACUAUUAGAAUCUAAGGAAAUUGGAUAAUUGACAGCAUAGUGAUGCACUGCCACUACUU